AGUCAUAACAUCAAUUAAUUCCAAAAACUCAAUUAUUACCAAUAUAAUGAUUCUCAUGGUAAUAUAUCAUGACUAAUGUCGUCUCAAGAUUCCUUAAAUUUCUUUUCCAUAUUCUGAUCUAAAUAGACAUUUUCAUAAAAUAUUCGGAGUUCACCAUAUACGUCAACAAUUCCAAUACGAGAUUAAUAAUUAUUAUUAUCAUAAAAAUCAGUUAACUUCAUCAACAAUUUCAUCCAAGAUCACAAUCAUGAAUCAAUCACAAAUCCAUCAUAAUCAUUAAUCAUCAACUCAAUCAUGCGUAUUUAGAAAUAAACACGUAAUUCCGGUUCCCUUUUACCGUAAGCCACACACCUUAUUUAUGACGAAAUCCGAUUCUGUGAAAGCUCUGAAAAUUCCAGAUCUUGGUUUCGUAAUAUUCUCCUCAUUCUCACAGUCCUGUAGGCGAAAACGGUUCGUCGUUUGGACGUCAAACGAACGAAUUGUGGACAAAAUACUAAUUCUGUCAAAACACGAAGUACCAGGUACCAAAUCUAACAUUUUCCAGUCAACUGAAUCCUGUUGAUCGUGACCUCUUAGGAAAAUUACGUCUAGGUCCUCUACAUUUUCGAACACCCAGAAAUGAUACCUGAGUUUUGUAAAACGACAGUUUUACGUUGCAAACAUGCAAAGCUCGAUUCUUGCUCGCCCGACGUCGAAAACGAGUUUCGUCGAAAUGUGCACGCUCCUGGAGUCAUCCUCUUCGUCAUGGUACCAGCCUUUUGGAGUUUUGUUGAAGUCGACGACGCCGGUGCCGCCGGUGCAACUUUCCGACGAGCCUCCCAUGAGCUUCUACGAACUUCCAAUGGCGAUUCUGACUUCGUAUUUAGCUUCCGGACACCUUGAUUACUCUAACACAACCCACAGGAGCUUGGUUCCCUCUCUUUUAUUUCAUUCUCUCGUCUUUCCUCUCAAGGCUUUUCGUCCGUUCAUGGCGGUGGUGAAAUGAAAAGAAGAAAGAAAGCUUUCCAUUUGUUUAUCAAAGCCUACCCUCUCUCAAUUAUCACACGCCAACAGGAAGUGGUGGGCGAUUAAAGGCUGUCGGUUGGUAAGAUUUUAACAAAGUCAGUUUCCAGCUCAAGCUUUGCUGGAAGUGGGGUGUAGAGGUGGUGGAAUGUAAACCAAUUUUAAAAUGAAUAAAUUGGAUUGGC